AUACGGGCAAUAUUAUUAAGCCCAAAGCGCAUUUAGAUGGGCUUAGAGCAUUUUGUUUGUUCAACGGAGCGACACUAUCUGAAAUGGAGAUUUGGCGGCUACCAUAUCAACCGGCCGUUAUUCAUCUCCGGCGGGGUCAAACUUCCGGAAUAUACUCUAUUAAAACGCUACCAUUUCCCCUCUAUAUUAAAUGCAGUCAGGGUAACGAAUCGAGCAGUAAAAAACCCGAUUCAAUGUUCAUUCUGGGGAUGGGUUUCGUAGGAAAAUUCUUGGCUGCAGAUUUGAAAAGCAGUGGAUGGGAAGUUACAGGAACUUGUACUAGUACUUCCCGGAAAAAGAAAUUAGAGGAAAUGGGGUUCCAUUCUCUCAUAUUUGACUCCAAUGAACCACUACAUGAGGUCCUCGAUAUCAUGAAACUCCACUCACAUCUUCUUAUCUCCAUUCCUACAGUUUUGGGUGUUGGUGAUCCGUGUGCACUGCAGAUGCUUCGGCAUAAGGAAUUGCUGAAAGAAAGACUAAAGGGUGGUAACCUCCAGUGGCUUGGUUACUUGUCAUCAACAAGUGUUUAUGGAGACUUCAGUGGUGCAUGGGUUGAUGAAGAGUUUCCCCCAAGGCCGACAACUGAAUCGGCUAGAGCAAGGAUGGCUGCUGAAGAAGGAUGGUUACAUCUGGCUUGUGAUGUGGGGGUCACUGUCCAAAUAUUUCGACUGGGUGGUAUAUAUGGUCCUGGUAGAAGUGCUGUUGACACCAUUCUCAAGCAGGAACCUUUGUCGAAAAGUCAGAAGAUGAGAUUUUCUAGGCAUUAUACAUCACGUAUUCAUGUUGCUGACAUCUGUCAGACACUCAAGGCAAGCAUUCAGAGGCCAUCUGCAGGGAAGAUGUACAAUGUAGUUGACGACGAUCCUGCUCCUAGGGAGCAGGUAUUUAAGUUUGCUCGGAGCUUGGUUGAGGAGAAAUGGCCAGGCCACUUAACCUCCAAAAGCUCCGCUGAAGAGGCAGAGUCUCUAAUUCCGCAAGGAGCUUCAAGAGGAGCGAAGCGAGUGUCCAAUAAAUGCAUUAAAACAGAACUGGGAGUGAGACUGCUUUACCCUACGUAUGAAUCUGGAUUGCGGAGCAUCAUUGAGCGCAUGGAGAAUCCGUUUGGCUAAUGUUGAUUAGGUCCCCGUGUGCAAUGGCUCCAAAAUAGAAGGCCAUCAUGAAAUCUUUCUGAUGUAUCCAAUUGACUUUAAUGUUUACUGAUGUCAAAGGAAUAAAGCAUUGAGGAUUAGGAGGGUUACAAACAUGUAGAAGUAAUUUUGUAGACGUGAUUAAUCACAGAAUCCGGAAAUUCAAAAAGAAUAUUUGCAAGACAACUUGUUAUACUUUUUAUUUUUCAAAUACAAAUGUACAGAUAAUAAGACAGUGA